AUGGCCCGGUCUGCUGUGACAUCUGCAGUGACAACAAUUGGCAAGGUGCUAACUGAGGAAGCCAUAUACCUAGGGGGCGUGGAGGAGCAAGUUGGUCGUCUGCAAACAGAGCUCAAAUGGAUGCAAAGCUCAUUAAUGGUGGUAGAGACAAAACAAUCAACGGAUGAGAGGAUUCGUCUUUGGGUUGCUGAAAUCAGAGAGCUUGCUUAUGAUGCUGAGGAUGUUGUUGAGGAAUUUGCUUUCAAGAUUGAAUCCAAAAACAAAGGUGGUCUUCCCAGUUGUGUUAAAAGAUCAGCCUGCUGUUUGAAAGAGGGAUGGACACUUCACAAAACCAGGUCAAACAUUGAGAAAAUCAUAGAAAGAAUCAACGACUUGGUCCGACGACUACAGGCCUACGGCGUAAAGGAAUUAAAGGACAGAGGAGAAGAAUCUAGUUCUUCAACUGAAAGACGAGAAUCAAGGCGGCCUUAUCCACAUAUUAUGGAUGAUAAUAUUGUUGGACUGGUUGAUGAUACCAAGGAACUGGUCUCAAUUCUUAAGGAUCAGAGAAGUGAAUGCAGCAGGGUUGUUUUAAUUGUUGAGGAUGCUGAUUGCAAUAGUCUAAUAGUCAGUUUCAAUUAUCACAUUAGUCCAUCUAUUCUUCACAGCUAA